CCCCGCACCACCUUGAGGGCCAUUCAGCUCCGACCGCCCCACCUGUGCAUGUGCAGGCUUCUUUCCUCAUCCGUUGACCCCUCCUGCUUCUCUCCUGCACUUCCCACUUUCUGUUCCUUCGUUUCCCGAGAACUCCGGGGCUGGCUUGCGUCGCUGUCACUUACGACGUGCGCUCUUUUGGUUCAAGAGACCACCCACAUCCAACAAUCCCUGGCCUCCGCACCCCGCGGUGACAAAUUGACGAGUUUUCGUGUCAAACUUGUUCCGCCCGCCGACAAGCGACACGGCCAAGCCAACCCAAACUCACCAUGGCCUCGGUCGAGCACUGUUUGUACUGCUUCGAGACUCUGGCGGCCCAUCUCGAGGGCCGCAAACCCAUGACCCUGUCUGAAGUGCAAAAAUCGUGGGCCGAAUACGUCCGCUCCACCGCGGCCGCAGAUGCCGCCGACAGCAGCAAGCUCUCCAAGCGGCUACCCGCCCUCCGCCGCGUCACCGAAGACUCGUCGUCGUCCUCCUCCUCCUCCUCCUCCGCUUCCUCGGCAUCCACCAGUACCCUCUCCCUCGGCCCGAGCACUCCGGAAACUCCGGUCUCUUCUGAUUCGGCCCUUGCCGAGGACGGCCAGGCGGCAGAGGCAGAGGCAGAGGCAGAAGCGGGGCAGGACGUUGCCGCCGCCGCCGCCGCCGCCGCCGCCUCACAAAUCACCGAAUCCCCGCUCUUCGUGACGUGGAACACGGUCUCGUCCCGGGCCGGCGGCGGGCACUCGCUGCGGGGGUGCAUCGGCACGUUCGAGCCGCAGGAGCUGGACGAGGGCCUGUCGUCGUACGCGCUCAUCUCGGCGCUGCAGGACACGCGGUUCCGGCCCGUCGCGGCGCGCGAGCUGCCCUCGCUCGAGGUCGCCGUCACCCUGCUGACCGACUUCGAGGACGCCGCCGACCCCAUGGACUGGGAGCUCGGCACCCACGGCCUGCGCAUCUCGUUCCACCACCACGGCCGCCGCUACGGCGCCACCUACCUGCCCGACGUCGCCGUCGAGCAAGGGUGGACCAAGGAGGAGACCCUGGUCAGCCUCAUGCGCAAGGCCGGCUGGGUCGGCAAGAAGGACCGGUGGACCGAGAUCCAGCUUAACGUCGUGCGCUAUCAGGGCAAGAAGGAGAGCUUGGGGUACGCCGAAUUCAAGAGGUGGAGGGACUGGGUGGAGGCCAAGGGGAAGUAGAGGGGUGGAUGGGGAGCUCCGUCGAACCUUUUUUCCUUUCUUUCCUUUCUUUCUUUUUUUUUCUUUUUCUGUCCCUC